AUGUCGCCUUCUCGCCGUGAGAGACCAGCUCGAGCCAUUAGUCGGAGCUUAGGCGCUUUUUGCCACUGCUGUUGCGGGGAACUGGACUCGGACCACGAGGCAAGAUACGAAGCCACAGAGAGAGAGAGCGGAUUAGCAGGCGAACAAGCCAGACAGAGACCAAGCCAGACAGAAACCAGAGCUAGCCAGAGAACCGAACGAGCUAGAGACCUGAGCCAAGUAGAGAACCAAGCAAACCAGACGACCGAGCAAGCCAGACGACCGAGCAAGCCAGACGACCGAGCAAGCCGGACGACCGAGCAAGCCAGACGACCGAGCAAGCCAGACGACCGAGCAAGCCGGACGACCGAGCAAGCCAGACGACCGAGCAAGCCGGACGACCGAGCAAGCCGGACGACCGAGCAAGCCGGACGACCGAGCAAGCCGGACGACCGAGCAAGCCGGACGACCGAGCAAGCCGGACGACCGAGCAAGCCAGACGACCGAGCAAACCAGACGACCGAGCAAGCCAGACGACCGAGCAAGCCGGACGACCGAGCAAGCCGGACGACCGAGCAAGCCGGACGACCGAGCAAGCCGGACGACCGAGCAAGCCGGACGACCGAGCAAGCCGGACGACCGAGCAAGCCAGACGACCGAGCAAGCCAGACGACCGAGCAAACCAGACGACGCGAGCAAGCCAGACGACGCCGGCAAGCCGGACGACCGAGCAAGCCGGACGACCGAGCAAGCCGGAACGACCGAGCAAGCCGGACGACCGAGCAAGCCGACGACCGAGCAAGCGGACGACCGAGCAAGCCGGACGACCAGCAAGCCGGACGACCAAGCAAGCCGGACGACCGAGCAAGCCGGACGACCGAGCAAGCCAGACGACCGAGCAAACCAGACGACCGAGCAAGCCAGACGACCGAGCAAGCCAGACGACCGAGCAAGCCAGACGCAAGCCAUCAGGCAAAACUGCAUGCAAGCCAGUAUGAGUCACGCUUCCGAUCGGAAUUACUACAGCUUGAUCGACCGCCUGCAGACCCCGCCAAUUAA